UCAAAUACACCAUCACAGACUCACCUGUGUUACUUCACUCGUGAGUCAGUUCCCCGAACCAGUAGCAACUGUUCCCAUGCUGCUGUGUGUCUUCUUCACGUAACUUGAGGAGUAAACACGACUGAGGAAGGAGUGAAGAAGAAGAAGAAGAAGAAGAAGAAGAAGAAGAAGAAGGAGGGAAGAAGAGGACUUUUUGGCAUUGGGGAGGAGAAGGCCAAAGCUUUUGGAGAUGAAUCUGUACAGCAGUUUUGGGAACCUUCUGGAGAGCUGGGUGUCAGAGGGAGUCGUCCCAGACACUGCGGGGAAGUGGCCAGACACGGACUCCAGGGCUUCCUUCAUGCUGUCGGAGAGCGAGCCGCUGUCUAAACCUCACCCCAGCUCUCCUCUCAGGUCUGAGUCCGGGGACUCUGGGCUGGAGAUGGCCAGCCCUGUGAGCCCCCUGCCCUCCUCACACUACCCUGGGAUGGACACACAGCCUCCUGUCCUCUCCCUGCCCUCCUCACACUACCCUGGGACGACCACGGAUACAGACUCAGACCUGGUGGGCGCUGGAGGAGGAGAGGUGGUGGUCUCCUCCUCCCCCUCUACUCCCAGGUCAUCUGACCUCCCCCUGUCCUCCCCCUCCCCACCCAGGUCACCUGACCUCCCCCUGUCCUCCCCCUGUCCUCCCAGGUCACCCGACCUCCCCCCGUCCUCGUCCUCCUCUUCCUCCCUGUCGCUCGGUCUCACUGAAGCCCAAGCUCCCCUGGGUUCUCCGGAACAUGCCGUGGCCAUGCACCUCAAGUUGGAGCAGGCCCUGCAGAGGACAGACACGGACAGGAAGCUGGGCAGACAGAAGAACACGCCGUUGCCCGGAGACCAGGCGCCACGGAAACGGUGCGACACGGCCUCCCUAAGCACAGAGAGCUCCCAGGUUGUCAGGACAGGUCAAAGGUCAGGGAGUCUGGGUCCUGGGAGGAAGGUGGGACCAGCGGAGGGGAGACAACAGACCUGGGAGAGACCCAAACGACCCCAGUCGCUCUAUCAGGACAGGCUGUCUGUUCACACAGAGGAAGAAAUCAGUAUGGGUCUUAGUCCUGGCUUAGGCUAUUUGGAGAAAUUGUGUCGGGUGUUGGAGGAAAUGGCCAAAUUACGGUUGCAAAACCAAAGGCUACAGAUGGAAAUGGAUUCUGUCCGGGCGCAACAAUUCCUGAGUCAGAUCACCGAAACCCACCGACAUGACUGUAAAGUAAAUGAAAAGAACGAGCAGAGUCCAAAACAUAAAACCACUGACAUUUCCAUCCUCCCACCUUGUCAAAAUGAAGACGGACAAGGUGACUUUCGUCAAAGGUCAAUGUCGGACACGCAUUUCUUAUCUCAACAGCGGCAAAGGACGGUAAAUAUGGGCACUAGGCGGCAGUGUCUGAACAGCGACGUUUUGCUGGAACAAGAAGACGACAAAACGCAGCAGAAAACAAAGGGAGACACAGCGACGAAAGACAAGUCUUGGAAACUGAAGAUUAGCUCGUUGAAACGAGAAGGAUUUAAACAUUCAUUCUCAAAAGAGAAAAACAGCUCACAGACUCAUCCAUCCAUAAAAAAUUGGGUGGGCGACUUGUUUAAAAGAAGCAAAACGGCUCCAGUGAUCAUGGACCGGGCUGUCGCAGGACAUCGCAGCUGACCGACACAAACCCGCCCUUCAUCCGGCCUAUCCUGCCAUUCCACUCCUGUUAACAUCUGAAGUAUUUGUUUAUUUAUUGUCUGCUCCAUUUGUAUCCAAAUAAUUUAUUCUCCGAUAAAUGUGUAAAAUGUUUUAUAUCUUUUUAUAUCGCUGCUUUUGUAAAUGUAACUUUAAGCUGUACUGGCGUUCUUGUACAUGGUAUACUUAAGUCAAUCAACCUCUAAUGCAAAAGUUCUGACUGGAAGAUAUAAUAAAGCCAGAAAACGACA